CCUUCUUGAGAACAGUCGGCACAAGGAGAUAAUGGCCAGAGUUGCUUCUUUGCUGUUUUUUCUCAGUCUCAGCUUGUGCUGCUGCAGGUCCCAGGGCCAGAGAAGUAAAAUGAGCGUGAAGGUCCGCAACAGCAGCCCCUUUGUCCUGGGAGCCAAGGUGGAGCUGGAGUGCGUGAUCUCAGACAACAGCCUGGCCGACAGCGGAGCAUCCUGGAUACGCCAACCCAAGGACUCUGCCCCCCAGUUCAUCUUGUUUAUUUCUUCCCUCUCCCGGGUGGCACCGACAGAGGAUGGAAAACCCCCUGCAGGCUUUGAGGCAAAAAAAGAUUCCAACAUUUACAAACUGACUGUGAAGAGCUUCCAGAAGCAGGACCAGGGCAAUUAUUACUGCAUAGUCAAUCGCAACCAGAUGCUGCACUUCAGCUCUGGGGUUCCACUUUACCUGCCAGUUCCCACCACCACCACCGCAGCCCCCACGACGAAGGCCGCCCUCACCCCGUCCAGCCCCGCCUCCCACACCAAGGCAGCCCAGGACUGCAAACACCCCUCGGCCCCAGACACACCCCGGACUAAGCUGGAUUUCUCCUGCUCCCUGUUCAUCUGGGCCCCCCUGGCGGGCGCCUGCUUCCUCCUGCUCGUGGCCCUGCUGGUCACCAUCGUCGUGUGUCAAAAAUCCAGAAGACGAAGAUGCAAAUGUAAAAGACCUAUGAAUGGGAACAAUGGAAAACCCAGCAUGCCAAACAGAUAUGUGUAAUGUGACCGAGCCAUUUGUAUCUGGAUCGCCCAACGGGAGCUGUCAUCACAUAAACAAGCCAUCCGUCCAUUUCCGUUCCUCAAUCUCACCCCCACUUUAUUUUUAAAACUGUUGUUGUACUUUCUAUUCUGUUCAUUUUUAAAGGGCAAACUGUUCAGAAAGAGCAUAUGGACAUUGCUGGACACCAGCCCCUCCAAACUUUUCAUGACAGUAUUUCAAGCUGGUUUCCAAGUCUUAAAAGAAAAGUAUUCCAAAUGAUGUAAUCUGAAACUUUGGCAAAGUGCCAAUGUAUUUGACGUCUGUGGGCCAAAUCCUGAAAUUUGCAUUGUCUUUACUCAAGCAAAUAUCGCUUGACAGCCAAGAGACCUCACCGUUCGGUCUGCUGGGAAUUUUGCCUGCAUAAAACUGAGUAAAGACUUCCAGAUUAGGCCUGCUGGGACAAAGUAUGUGAUCCCGCAGCCACUGAACUCAUGCACUUCAGUGAUGCAUUUCUGUGGCCUCCGAAGCAGUGUUCCCUCUAAUCUUUGUGGCAGCACAGCUUCCCAGGUGAUUAAUCAGCCCCUCCCAGUCAGUCAGCUCCAUCCAAGGAACCCUGAGUCUCUGACUGGGGGCAGAGGCUGAUUAAUUACCUGUGAAGCUGUGCUGCUGCACAGUUUAGUGGGAACACUGCUCCUGAGCAUAGUUUUGUUGCUGUUUACAAUGGGAAUGAUAUUUAAUCUUAUGAACAUCCCAACACCAAGCUAGCUGGUUGUGGGGCAUUAGCACAGGCCCCAGGCACUGCUAAGGGGCUCCUGAUUUUUAUUUUUUAAAUGGGGCAAAAAAGCCAGAUAAGUUUUUGAGCAAUCACAGUUUAGUAUCGGCAACUGGCUAAAGUCAAUGAAACUGUAAAACUUUUAGGAGACAUGAUGCAGUAUUGAAAGGGCAAAUGCUACAUACAGGCUGUUAUUUCUUUUACGGUCCCUAAGACUAAAGAUUGCAGGUUCUGUCACUCUGCCCUUACUCAGGUAGGCGCUCACUGAAUUCAGUGGGAGUUUUGAUUGGUCAAGGUAUGCAGGAGGAUUCAUCCUGAUUUUAGGCACCCAUAAGUAAGUAGCCAAGAGUAAAUCUAGCCCCACUCUCCCUUCUGCAAACCAGUGUUUUAAGCAUGGAAUGAAAGAUUUUAUUUUUUUCCAACUAUGCAGUUGAUGUAAAUAUUUUCUUGCUGUAAUUGCUAUAAAAUCUUUCAAUAUUUCUGUUCCCAACAAUCAGUAUAAAUACGGUGGAACAAUUCAACUAUACUUCUAAAUAUUCUCACAGAAGUGCAUCUCCUUUUCUUUGUCUUAGCCUCCGAAAAGCUAGAGAACUAAAUAGAAAGAGAGAUGAUCUUUCUGCUGAGAGAUUUCAUUGAGGGUAGGAAGAUAUUGCUGUGGUUAAAGAUGCCUAUCUGGGCUUCAGGAGACCUGGGCUCAAACCCCAGCUUUACCACAUUUGUAACCUUCAUUGCUCUGUGCCUCAGUUUCCCAUCUGUAAAAAGGGGACAAUAAUACUUCCCUAUCUUGUUGCGAUGCUACAGCCCUAACUACUUUGGAGGUGCUCAGAUACUUUGGUGAUGAAGGCUUAUAAUUCCAUAGAUGCAAGAUGCUGACUGGCAAGAGAGAUUUCAUAUUUAUACACACAUCAACCAAUCUCAACACUUGUGAAUAGGUUCUUUCACUAGCCCAAAAAUACUUUGGUGGCAUAUUUUAAUAAUCUACAAAUACUGAGAUAUAAUAAUGUAAUAAACACUGCAUGUUGACCUGAUCAGCAAGUGGAAGUUACAGUACAGUACGGUGGAUUGGGGGAAUGUCCUGUAUGAAUGUAUUGAUCUCACUUAAUAGGGGGCUGUGGGGAAAAACAAGUAGGAAAGCAACAAGAUAGCUACAGGCAAACAACCCUCCCAACAAACAUGGGAACAGAAGUAGUGUGAGGGCCCUUUAUAACGCAAUGGCAUUCCUCCGGGCCAAAGUGACAUUGCAAUCCUGCCAAUGCAAGGAACUCAUAGAUCAAAGGGCUGUAAACAGUUACAUCUCCUCAGGAGAAGAAGGAGGGUCAGUUGUCUGCCCACAGUGACAAACCUAGAGAGAGGCUCUGUGGAAGAGUCUGAAAGACUAGGAUCUUUCCCCAGAUCCAGGGAAUUGUGUACUUUAGGGCUGUGGUGCCCAACCACAGCGAGCUAGCCACACUCAACUGGCCAAAUAGCCACUAGCGGCUAGUGUUUUGGACAUCACAGCUUUCAGAAAAGACAGGCAAGCAUGUAGGGAGUUGAUUGUUUUGAGAUUUGUUUUCUUUGAAAAGCUUUUGUACUAAAUAAAUAAUA